CUUUAGGGUUUAGCAGUCAUGGAGGAGGGCUCUUCUUUGGCGCAUUCCUUCCGCGCCGUGGCGGCAAGAUUUCCAGGCCAGGUUUGUGUAAUCCACGCCGGGGGUGAUGGAGCUGUUGAUCGGCGCUACACAUUCUGGGAGAUUUGGAGCUCUGUGAAGUGUUAUAGUCGCCAGAUUGCAAGCGCUCUCGAUGCCGCAGGCUCCAGGGACUCUGAUUCAGGCGUGAGCACUGUUGGAGUGAUGAUUCCUCGAUCGGCCGAGUACCUGGUGGCGAUUCUGGCCGUGAACAAGGCAUCAGCGGUGUUUGUACCUCUCGAUUCUUCGUGGCCACUUUCGAGGAUUACCGAGGUCAUGGUAGAUUCGAAGGCCUCGGUGAUAGUAGGAUGCGAUCAGUCGCCAUGGUUGCCGGAUGACUACCAGAACCAUUUCAGUGGAGUUUCACAGAGUCUACCUUGUCGUGAGCUUCGCAUUGGUGAUCUGGGAAAACUGGAGCUGGAGGAGAGGACGAAGAGAACUACUUGGCCGUGCUCUAGACCACCAUUUUCUUACAUCAUGUACACGUCUGGAUCCACGGGAAAGCCCAAAGGCGUGUGCGGCACUGAUACUGGAUUGCUCAAUCGUCUUCAGUGGAUGGAGGACUCAUAUCCGCAUUCUUCAUCGGACGUUGGCUUGUUUAAGACUGCGAUUGGUUUCAUCGAUCACUUGACUGAGUCUCUUGGUCCGCUCUUUGCCGGGGCGUCACUCGUCAUUCCUUGCGAGCGGGAUAUCAAGCGAAAUCCUCUUGGACUGCUAAACUAUUUGCAAGCUUUCAGCGUGACAAGACUGGUUGCCGUUCCAUCGUUGCUACGCGCACUUUUGCCUGCUUUUCAAGCUUCUAGCUCUGGAAGUAUGAGGCUGCUUCUUCUCGUAUCAAGCGGAGAGGCACUGUCAUACAGGCUGGUGCUUGAACUUCGCAAGAGUCUACCAUGGAUACGGGUUUUAAACCUGUAUGGCAGCACAGAGGUGUCUGGUGACUGCUCUUGUUUCGACUGCAACGAGUUGAGCGAUAUGUUUAGCGAAACGAAUGUUCCUAUUGGGAAGCCUAUUACAGGUUGCUUCAUUCAUAUCCAACCAGUCGAUGGUGCCGAUGUCAACUUCGGAGAAUUGUGCAUCAGUGGUGCAGGUGUUUCGCACGGAUACUGGAACGAUGAAAGCGGCACUUCUCUCCGAUUUUUCGAGUCCAAAAAGAAAAAGGCUUUCAGAACCGGAGAUUUGGCAAGGAGAUUAGAAAACGGAGGCAUCAUUUUGGUCGGGCGGACGGACAGGCUUUUUCAAGUCCACGGUCAACGAGUGGAACCUGAAGAAGUCGAAAGGUGUCUAGAGGAAAAUCAGCAGGUAAAGAAAGCAGCCGUGUACCCUCUUCGUCUUGCAAGCGAUGACAUCCAACUAGCAGCUUGUGUUAUCUUGGAGGCAAACGACGACAAUCAUAAAGAGGAUAAGCUCAGGGAAUGGCUGACGAAAAGACUCCCGUCGUAUAUGGUUCCCGAGCGUUAUAUUUUCGUCGAUGCCUUCCCACUGACGAGCUCUGGAAAGGUUGACUAUUCCGCCAUUCAAAAGCUGAGUAACACCGUUGCUUCUCCUGGAAAAUUACAACCAUUUGCUUCGGAAUCUGUUCAAAGGGUCAUACAGAUUUUCUCACAAGUGUUACUUUCUGACAGCAUUUCUCCUUCAGACGAUUUUUUCUUGUCCGGAGGAACGUCGGUUUCUGCAGCCCAUGCCGCUCACUUACUCGGUAUUGACAUGCGUCUGCUCUUCAAGUUCCGGACAGCUCUCGAACUUUAUGACGCCAUGCAGAGUGCUCAACGUGUGGAUGGUGACAAGGUUGAGGUAAGAAGAAGCGGUAGCCGUGAAGAAGUAACCUGCUCUUGCUACGGCCCAAAGAGACUCAAGACUGUUCAUACUUAUGUUUCGCCUCGUCCAUCUUGGCCUCGUCAUAUUUCGGUACCUACGCCCUCCGUUUUCGUUCGACACAACCAGUAUAACCAGGUAGUAACAACGAAAUGCAACCUUGGUACUUCAGGCUCUCGGGAAAUUCAAGUUACAUGGGGGAAAUGCUUGCACGCUUGUGUUGAUGCGUCGCCUUUAUUGUUGGCUACAACUUCAGGCUAUCGGCUCUACAUUGGCUCUCAUGCUUGGAAGUUUUUCUGUAUCGAUGCUAUCAGUGGGGAACAAAUAUGGGAGACAAGUCUGGGAGGUCGGGUCGAGUCUACAGCUGCUGUGACGGGCGACUUUUCACAGGUUGUUGUUGGCUGUUAUGAUGGUUUUGUGUAUUUUCUGGAUCCAGACAACGGAAGGGUCGUGUGGAGAUUUCAAACAAAUGGCGAGGUAAAAUGCCAACCAGUUGUUGAUACUUGGGAAGGAUACAUCUGGUGUGGUUCGCAUGACCAUAUUGUGUAUGUUCUGGAUCCUAUUUCUCGUACGUGCAUAUGGAGGUAUUUGUGUCAUGGGAGCAUUUUUGGAUCUCCAGCAACUGAUGCAUUGCGGAAGAAUGUCUACAUUGCUACAACUGGUGGUCGGCUGUAUCUCAUUUGCACGCAGCCAAACUAUGGUUUAUCCUGGGAACGCGAUGUAGGGGCACCUAUUUUUGCGUCCCCCAACGUAGAUUCUUCCACCGGAAACGUUCUCGUUGCUGCUGUUGAUGGUUCUGUAACCGCGUUUUCUUCUACUGGUGACAUUGCUUGGAAGGUGAACACACUUGGUCCAGUGUUCUCUGGUGUAUACACCUCCUCGGCAAUCUUUCACCAAGUUCUCGUAUGUUCUCGGGACGGGCAUGUUUACUCAUACUGCCAGAUUUCUGGCAAGCUUCUAUGGAAAAUCUGCCUGGAAGAACCAAUAGUAGCCGGACCGUGGAUCGAUGAAGCCAUUCAACUAGUCGAGGAAGACAACGCUUACAGGCUUUUGUGCGUAUGUACUACCUCUGGAAAUCUCUACGUUCUCAAAGCUCCAGCGAUGGUUUCAUGCGACCAUUCCUUGGGCGAGCCCAAAUCACAAGUUCCUGGCUGUGUUGCUGUGAUAGGAAAAUUUAAGCUGCCCGGGGACGUAUUUUCAACACCCAUGGUUCUUGGAGGACAAAUAUUCGUUGGAUGUCGAGACAAUAACUUCUACUCUCUUUCCAUGCAAGGUGGCAAAUGAUUCUCGUGAAUAUUCUUUCUUUCAAGGAUGAAAAGUUUUAAAUCACACGGAUAUUCGUUA